AUGCCUCUGGUCGUGAUAACAGGGGUACCCAGUAGUGGAAAAACCACCAGGGCCAACGAAUUAAAACAGUUUUUUGAGAAAAAUAAAAAACAAGUAUUUGUAGUAAGCGAAAAUGAGCAAAUUACGAAGGCGAACUUUGAAAAAAAUCAAUUUUAUUCAGAUUCGUCGAAAGAGAAGCACAUUCGGGGCCUCCUCAAGUCCGAAGUUUUAAAAUUGAUGACUCCGAACAAUGUGGUGAUUUUGGACGCCUUAAACUACAUCAAAGGUUUCCGCUAUGAGUUGUACUGUGGCUCCAAAGCGAACAAAAACACCCAAUGUACCCUCCACGUGGAAAUAAAUCGUGACGAAGCGUGGACCUUCAACGAAAAUCGGACUCCAGAAAGCGAAAAAUACAGCAGGGACACUUUUGACGCUCUCGUGAUGCGGUAUGAAGAACCGGAAAGGAAAAACCGCUGGGAUUCACCGCUUUUUGUGGUUUUUCCCCAGCAAGAUUUAAAUACGGAAGGGAUUAGAUCUGCGUUGUUUGACGAGGCGCCGCCACCACCCAACAUGUCCACACAAAACCCCUCUUUAAAUUCAACCAACUUUUUGUACGAUUUGGAUCAAGUCACGAAGAAGAUAGUGGACGGGCUUAUCCGUAACAAGAACAUGGGGCAAAAAGGGGUGAUCAACGUCGAUGGGUUUCCGGGUUUGUCGGUGGACAUUUCAAACGCGACGGUCCAGCAGCUGAUGAUUUUGAGAAGGCAGUAUUUAACGUAUUGUAAAAUGCACCCUCCAGAAACCCGACAAAUUCCGCAGUUGUUUGUACAGUAUUUGAGUACGAGUUUGCAGUAAAUAAAGUUGUGCUCCAUUUUAAA